GUCUCUGUCAAGAUGGCGGCUGCUGGGAAGGGGAAGAAGAAAGUUAUUGACCAGCAGGAGCUACGGCGGUUAAUGAGGGAGAAGCAGCGGGCGAGCGCGGUUGGAAAGAGGAUCGACUCCCCACUCGCUAAAUACAACAGCUUAGGUCACCUCAGCUGUGUGCUUUGCAGUGCUCCAGUAAAAAAUGAAUUAUUAUGGCAGACACACAUAUUAGGGAAACAACAUAAAGAGAACCUUGAGAAACAAAAAACUACAAAACAAACAACAGGACCAUCACAUGUUAAUGCACCAAGAGUUUCUGUAGGAAAAAGAAAAGUUACAGAUCCAGAAUCGCAAACAACAAAGAAGGUCAAAGCAUUCUGUGAAUCUACAGGUUCUGGGUUACCACCUGAUUUUAUUGAUCCAGUGAACAAAGUUUCUCAACAGCCAAAGUCUUCACAGAAUUCUGGUCUUGGAUUAACUGUUAUUGGUUGUGAUGAAGAUAGCAAUGACAUGGUAAAAGAGGGCAAGAAAGGUGUUAUGGCCCACUCAGCUCUUCCAGGACCAAUGGAAUCACAGGCUGGACAUGGUCUGCCUGCUGACUUCUUUGAUAGCACCCUGGCACCUCCUGCUGUCCCUCAUUCUGGAUCCAUCCAGAAACCAGAACAAUCAGACAACACAGUGGAAAGGAAAGACAAUACAGCAGAGGCUUUACCAGAAGGAUUUUUUGAUGAUCCGGUAAAAGAUGCAAAAGUGCGGAAAGUAGACCCUCCAAAAGAUCAAAUGGACAAAGAGUGGGAGGAGUUUCAGAAAGAAAUCAGACAGGUCAAUACGGUUUCAGAAGCAAUUGUAGCCGAAGAUGAUGAAGAAAUUCGUUUUGACAGACAGAUAGAAGAAAUUGAUGAACAAAUAAUGUGCUACAAGCGUAUAGAGCACUUGCGAGAUCGUCAAGAAACAGUAAAACAACUGAUGGCAGCAUUGAAAGGCAGGCAAUCCCAAAGUGACAAUGAAGUUGACACAGAUGAAGAAGAAGAAUUUCAGGAAUUCCUUUCAGGUGAUUGGCGUGCAAAGGGAACCUUACUUUAGUACCCUGGAAAUUUCAAUUUCUGACUUGAAGAAAGUUUUCUGCAAACUUUAAUGAACAUUCACCUGAAACUGGCUUCUAAUUGUUUAUAUCACAUGAACUGGGAAAUGAAUGAGAACAUUGGCAAUUAAACACUUUGGAGAAAGUAUUCCUUUUUUUACACUUGUAAAUAAAGCCUACUUGAAAUGUCUGUGCUUUGGUUGUUGCAUUAAAAUUAAGUU